AUGGCGGACCUGAAGUCUACUGGACAUCAGACAGAAGCUUCCUCUUCGGGGCUGGGGGCCCCUCGCCCACACCGCGCAGCCUGGCAGGUUUGCGGUCCGGGCGGCACCGGGGUUGCGGCGGGUACCGCCGCGACGCCCGCGCGGGGCAGGCCCCGGGGCGCAUGCGCGGGCCGGGGCGCAGGAGGCCGCGGCCGCCCGCGCAGCCUCGCUCGAGCCGGUCUCCGUGGCAACGGGCUCGCGGGGGGGAGGGGCCGGGCGGCGUGGGCUGCGGCGGCUGCUAUUUCUGCCGCUUCCUGUUCCUCGCGGCCACGUCGCCAUGGCAACGGUGUUACUCACCGCGGCCGCUUCCCGGCUCGGCUGGCGCGCGUGACCCCGGCCGCCCGCGCCCCCUCGUCUCUCACUCGCUGCGCUGCCGCUCUCCACCCCCCGCCCCACCCCACCCCACCCCGGCGGCGUCCUCCUCCGGCACCCCGGUCCGUCCAGCGCGCCCCGGCGCCCCAUCCUUCCCCUGCUCCCCGCCCCUCUCCGCCGGUGCCCGCGGCUCGGCUCGGGAGGGGGGGGGGUGGAGAGGGCGGCAGAUUGAUGGGGGACAUGAUCAACCAGCGCUCCCCCAGGCCCAGGAUCGCCUCUCCAGGCCGUCUGGAGUCUAAAGCGACAAGCCAGUUCCCCACUAAGACGUGGCGCGUGAUCGGCGGCCCCCCGCGGGCUGUCACUAGGCUCGCGGGCGUCUCCCAGGCCCUGCGGCGACAAGGCUGCCGCUUUCCCCGGUUCCUGCCCGCCCCCGCCUCUUCGGGCCCCGGCCCCUGGCCCCUGGCGCCUGGCCCGGACGGUCGUCACCAUCACUGCGGUUGGAAGCGCCACGGUGGUGGGCGACAUCUGGUGCGCACUCACCACGUAGGAGCCCCAGCUGAGAGGACCCAGAGAGGACCCACAGUCCCGACCCGACUGUCCCCCUGGCCGGCCUGAAGGGCUCUGCUCACUGAUCCAAAGAAGCUCUUUCCUUUCCCUCAGGCGCUUCUCUGA